UGCCCCAUCAUUGGUGUCAGUGGGGGGAGGAAUAGUGCCCCAUCGCUGGUGUCAGUGGGGGGAGGAAUAGUGCCCCAUCACUUGGUGUCAGUGGGGGGAGGAAUAGUGCCCCAUCGCUGGUGUCAGUGGGGGGAGGAAUAGUGCCCCAUCGUUGGUGUCAGUGGGGGGAGGAAUAGUGCCCCAUCGUUGGUGUCAGUGGGGGGAGGAAUAGUGUCCCAUCGUUGGUGUCAGUGGGGGGAGGAAUAGUGCCCC